UCAGGUUACGUGUUACCACUGGUUUCUGAAUAAGAUCGUAUAAAAUCAUUCCCUUCUGUAGGUGUGAAACUAGUGAAAAUGCUAUACGUCCCAAAACCAAGAUAGUGAGGCUAAGCAAUUAAGUGGCAGCUGAGGGACCCGGAAGCAGAAACAGAUUGGGUUCUAUGUUUUUGUUUGGAAUGCACGAGCGAAAGGAGAUCCUGAAUGGGAAGUUAAACACUAGGAAUGGAAGAUGAAAACAUCGGUGUGACCGCUGUUGUGAAAGAAAUGCUUACUUUUAGCCUGAAGGAGGAUGGUCAAUAUGGAGCAAGGAAGAGCCUGACCGGUGAGACGCUGGACUUGGGGCAACAGCUACAGCUGACGGACACUCAGACUCCGCAUGGAAAUGACAGCGAGAAUAGUGCCAACAGCGACGCGACUGUUAACCAAAGCCACUGUAGUGUGGGAAGAGAAGGAAGCAGACGGUUGUCCCAGGUGACAGGGACAUCAGUUGCCAACAACGACGAUCGGUCGCUGAGAACUCCGAAGGCUGGGACAGUCUGUGGGGAUAGCGUUAGGGAUGGGGUCGUGAUUGAUGUUACCCGUUUGGAUGUUGGAACUCUAAAUUCUACGUUAUCCGAGGAUGGGAUCCGUGGCAAGGACCUAGGGGGUCAAGUUUGGCCGAAUGGAAAUGACACUGAUUUACUGUCAUCGUUGCUCAUUAAACAAAGUGCAACGCAAUCGGCCUCCGAGUUAUCUGAAGUUACAGGGACAACUAGUAACAAUAAUAAUGCCAAAGAACCAGGUAAUGGGGCUGGGACAUCUGUGCAGAGUGUGGGAUACGGGACGCCUGGCAAUAAGCCUGUGAUUUGCACUGUUUACUGUAUCGAGACAGAUGAUGAGAGGUUUCCUGCGUCUAGCUAUAGCGAACAAGUCAGCCCAUCUGAUUUAGAACAGGUAGUAGGGCUGGCCACUCCUGAUGACAAUGUUUCUCACGUUCGCGUUGGCGAAAAUGGGCUUCAGGACCCUUUGCCGAUGUUAAACUUGGAGAGCCAGUCUGGUUUGGGGAGUUAUAACCUUUUUACAACUUGUCGUAUUUGCUUGGAAGAGCAAAUGAUCAAACCACUACCCUGUUGCAAGAAAACAGUAUGCGAUGAGUGCCUGAAAAACUACUUGAGCUCACAGGUAUAUCUUGGACAAGCUCAGAUCAAGUGCCCAAUAACAGAGUGUAAAGAGCUCUUAGAUGAGAUGCUGAUUGUGUCAAACCUGCGCCAUGAUGAAAUUGUUAAAUACAAGUAUUUUUUGGAGCUUAGUAGGAUGGACAUGAAUACCAAACCCUGCCCGCAGUGCAAGCACUUUACUGUCUUUGAAAAUAGAGGUCACUUUCCAACCCCCACCAAAAUCGAAAACAAGUAUAAAAUCCAGUGCCCAGAAUGUCAGUUUAUUUGGUGUUUCAGGUGUCACGCUCCUUGGCAUGAAGGACUGAACUGUAAAGAUUACAGAAAAGGAGAUAAACUGUUGCGCCAUUGGGCCAGUGAGAUUGAACAUGGGCAAAGGAAUGCUCAGAAGUGUCCAAAGUGCAGGAUACAUAUCCAAAGGACAGAAGGCUGUGAUCACAUGAUGUGCACACAGUGUAACACUAAUUUCUGUUACCGUUGUGGAGAGAGAUACCGACAGCUACGUUUUUUUGGUGAUCAUACUUCAAACCUCAGUAUUUUUGGAUGCAAAUAUCGCUACCUCCCUGAAAGACCUCACUUACGCCGACUAGUUCGUGGCUCUGUCUGUGCUGGGAAAUUACUGAUUGCUCCGCUCUUGCUCAUUGUGGUGCUGGCACUAGGAGCUGUAGCAUUUGUUAUAGGUGUGUUUGCAUUUCCUGUCUACUUCCUUUGUAAAAGACAGAGAAAAAGGACACGGACUGGUAUGCCAAUGUGAAAAUUAAGAGAUUGGACCCCUUGUUCUUUUUUAACAGGAUGCUCAUGCAAGGACAGUUUAAGCUGCAUACCUGAGCGCAGCACUGUGUGUCUGGCAUCAAGUUGCAGAGAUCUGGAAUCAGUAGAAAAAGCAGCAGCGACCUACACUGUCUCACCUUCUGUCUUGUUUACAAAUCUGCCUUUGUAGACUGCAUUGUUAUCAUUCUCUGGCACACCAAUGAACUCAUUGGUAACAGAUUGUCGGGGAACUGUGAUGCUGUGACUACUUUUUUGCGGGGACAGGUUUAACAUCACAUUACAGCAUAGUCCCAUUAGCAGGACCGUAAAGAAAACAUGUUAACUUAUUAAAGAUUAUUUUUCCAGACAGGUUUACUUUAAAGGGAGAGAGACUUUUUGCAGAGCAUUCAUCAUGUCUUCUGGUGUGUUUCCAUGCAAAAGAAGUGCACUGACUAAAUGAGAUAAUGGCAUCUCUCGACUUUCCGAUGAGCUUAGGUAGUCUGAUGACCACAGAAUCCUACAGGGAGAAGCCAUUUGCUGCUAUAUAGUUUUGUGUAAGCCAUCUUUGUCUUAUUUUCAGCAGGCAAUGGUCAAGAAGUGCGAGUCUUCCCUGAUUUUAAUUAUCUGCUAAUGUGCUAAAAAAUGGCUUCUGGAAGCAGUUGCUGUUUAGAGAAGGGGUAACAUCUUUAACCACUGAAAUUGGUGUUUGUAGCACAGAUUCAUGCUGGGGGUUCGAUGACAGCUAUACUGUGUGAAGGAAUUGAUUUAAUAGUAAAACAUGAAACCUUUGCCACGGGUUAUCAUGUUUCAGCAUCUAAAAAAUGUUUAAUUCCUUAACUGAAGAGCAAAUAUGGUUCACUGCCUGUAGUAGAGCUUAAGAAUUGACAGAGAGUACUGUCUGAAGACAUACUUGUGAGCUGUGUGCAGGUUACCUAGUGUAGAUGUACUUGCACCCCACAAAUUCAUCUUAAAUACUUCUCCCACAGAAUCUAAUCUGUCAGUGUAGGCUUGUGAACAGACCGCAACAGCUGUACUCAGACUUAUUCAGGCAGAUGUAUAGUAUAUGGAUUGAUUAAUAACUCGCUGGUUCUGCCAGGUUUUCAGGGGUCAGAUUUUCUUUCCAUUUCUGGCUCAAGUAGAGCAACUGGUGUUACUCAUACUAGCUGCAAGUGCACUUUAAAGAACCAUUGAUACUGUUAGAAGAAUACUUUAAUGCUGGACACAAAACAAUUGAUGCAUUUAAAUAGUUGAUUUUUUAUUCCUUUUUAUUUAUUACUCUGUUGAAACGUGGACUCAGGAUAACUGUGCUUCAAGGUUCAUCUGUUGCCACAACUUCUUCCCAGUUUGAUGUCCUUAACUUUUUAUAUAAAUUGUGCUUCUUGCAGAUGCUCUAUAGAAACAAAUUGUGCAGUUGGGGGGAAAAGUGACUGUAGCAAGUACAACAAUUCAUCAUGUGCUUAUAUAGGUAAACAAGUGCCAAGCAACAAGGGUAAAUAUUGGAAAUGAGUAUGACAGAACUAGAAUCAAUAUCAUACUCAUAGAGUAAGGGGGGGCUGCAGUAUUAUUCAGUGAGAAAAGACCACAGAAUGUGAAACGCACUUCCAAAAAUUCCUUUUUGAUUUAACCUGCCUGAAUACUCAGGAUAUUAAUUUUUGAGGACUGUCUCCAUUACGACUGAUGGAGAGGAAAGUGGAGGAAAAAUAAAAAUAAAAAAACAAAAUGUGACUUAAUAUUACAUUUUCUAAGUGUUUCCCAAAAUAUACAAUGCUGCACAUUGUUUUAAAUUGGUGCCUAAAACUUGGACUACUGCUUUACUCGUAUUCUGUUUUCAGUAUGUAAAAUUAUAGAAUGUUGCUGGUGAGAGGAUGUCAGAAUUUUUACAUUUUACUAGCUUGCCGCUUAUAUACAACUAUAAAAUAAAAGACAUAUGCAGCAUAUGUUGUAAUAAGUACCUUACUCUUCAAAGGGUAUGAUUUAGAAGUCAUGCUGGGGUGGAAAGAAUAUUUAAGUUCAGAAUUAAUACAAAUGUUAAAGAAGUGUAUCCAUUUUUUUAUAGACAGCAUAAACCUCUCACUCUUCCAAUGACUUGAGCAACCCGUAGCCUUCAUAUUUUUACAGGAGGAUAAGAAAUCUCAGGCACAACAUCAGCAUUAUGAUGCAUGAAGAGAAAUCUCAGAAACUGGGUAAAAUUCAGCUAUAUAAAUCUGAUUUAAGGUUGAACUUCAAAGCACUCACUGCCUUAGGGCUAACCACUAAUCAUAGUACAGUACAUUUUCACAGUACAGUGCUGCUGGCACCCAAGCACAGCUUUGGAUCAACAGCCCUUGAUGUGUGAUUUUUUAAUAUUUGUCCUUUUGCAAUGAGUUUGAAAAGCAAUCCAUUCUCACUUGAUUCAGACAUACUUUUCUAAUGAUAAAGAAUUCAGCAGAUUUUUCCCCCUUUAUUCUUUUGAAAAGUUCUGUUACGUCUUUUGUUUUUCUUAAACUGUCCUAAAGUAGGGAGAACAGUUUUCAAAAUAACUGAUUGUGUAGAUUACUUGUCUGGUAGCGUUGCUGUUACUGAAUAAAAUGCCUCUUUUAGAACAUUAUUAAACUCUUGGU